AUGGGGGCAAAGGACGAGAUGGAAGAUCUCAAACUUCCUGCUGAGGCAAACGUGGAGCAUGGGCAGACUAUCAAUGUGCAAGGUCUACACCGCAGGCUGAACAACCGACAGGUGCAGCUGAUUGCAAUCGGGGGCUCCAUCGGAACCGCUCUUUUCGUCAGUAUCGGUAAUGGCCUGGGAUCCGGUGGAGCGGCCAGUCUGUUCAUCGCAUACAGUCUCUACUGUGUCUUCCUUGCCUGUAUAAACAACUCGCUGGCUGAAAUGACGGUCCUCCACCCCGUGUCAGGUGGAUUCAUUCGUCUGGCAGGGAAAUGGGUAGACGAUUCCGUGGGCUUCAUGGUCGGAUGGAACUUCUUCUUCUACGAGGCAUUGAUGAUUCCUUUUGAGAUCACGGCAAUAAACCUGAUCUUGGGUUACUGGAGAGACGACAUCCCGGUCGCGGCCGUCUGUGCUGUCGUUAUCGUUCUCUAUGCUCUACUGAAUGUGCUGGUUGUUACCGCAUACGGCGAGGCCGAGUUUUGGCUUUCAUCCGGCAAGGUCAUCCUCAUAUUCAUGCUAUUUUUCUUCACCUUUAUCACAAUGGUGGGCGGCAAUCCUCAACACGACGCAUACGGGUUCCGACACUGGCAAAAGCCCAGUGCAUUCGCCGAAUUCCGGAACUCCGGAGACCUCGGUCGCUUUCAGGGCUUCCUUGCAGCCUUAUGGUCUGCUGCAUUCUGCGUCGUCGGACCAGAGUAUAUCUCGAUGACAGCGGCUGAGGCGAUGCACCCACGUAUCAUCAUCAAGACAGCAUACAAGACUGUGUACUGGCGCUUCAUCGUCUUCUUCGUUCUUGGAGCUCUUUGUGUCGGUACCGUCGUCGCCUGGGAUGACCCGACCAUCCAGGCAAUCCUGGCGGGCGAAAGUUCGAAGAAAGGCGGCGGUAGCUCUCCCUACGUGAUCGCGAUGCACAACAUGGGAAUCAAAGUCCUCCCCGACAUCGUCAACGCUCUCCUCAUUACCUCUGUUUUCUCGGCCGGAAAUACAGUCACAUACUGCGCAACCCGAUCGCUUUAUGGACUCGCCCUUGAAGGCCGUGCACCGAAGAUCCUUGCCAAAACACGUCGCGGUGUACCCAUCUACGCAUUCCUCGUCGUCAUCUGCUUCCCCUUCUUGUCAUUCUUGCAGCUCUCGAACAACUCAUCUCAAGUCCUGACUUGGCUAGUGAGCCUGGUGACGGCAGGUGCACUCAUCGACUACCUCGUCAUCUGCAUUACUUUCAUUCAGUUUUACCGCGCCUGCAAAGCCCAAGGCAUCGAUCGCCGGAAUUUCCCAUACUUCGGUUACUUCCAGCCGUACUGUGCGUACUUCGGUGCGGUGGCUAUGGUACUUGUCUUGCUUUUCUAUGGUUACACGGCGUUUGACCCUUGGAACGUCGAGACGUUCUUCCAGAACUAUACCAUGCAACUUGUUGCGCCGUGUCUCUACAUUGGAUGGAAACUGGGACACAGAACCAAAACUCUCAAGCCGAAUGAGGUUGAUCUGGUUUGGGAAAGGCCGCUCAUCGAUGCCUACGAGGCCACAUUACCGGAGGAUCCCCCUGGCUUCUGGCGAGAACUUCUCCAGAUGGUCCAAUUCAAGAAGAAGCCCGAGAUGGAGGCCACAGUCUAG